CACUUGCGACUUCACGUGUUGUUUAUAUUCCGAAGCCUUUUAAAUAAACAGCUAAUUUAAAAGUCUAUGCCAAAAUGAAAGUGAAAAUGAUAAGUCGCAACCCGGACAAAUAUGUCCGGGAGACAAAACUGCAACAGCACAGAAUGCCGCGAAAUUAUGAUCCGGCUCUGCAUCCGCUCGAGGGUCCACGAGAAUAUGUUCGUGCCUUGAAUGCCACCAAGCUGGAUCGUGUGUUUGCUAAGCCCUUUGUCUGUAAUUUGAGCGGACAUCGUGAUGGCGUUGCCUGCUUUGGCAAGCAUCCGAAAUCCUUGUCAACGCUGGCCACCGGUGCCUACGAUGGAGAAGUGCGCAUCUGGGAUUUGGCAAAUCGCACAAGCAUUCGCAGCUUUGUGGCGCACGAUGGUUUUGUGCGUGGAAUUGUGUAUGCUCGGCAAGGCCAUCGUUUCUUCAGCGUUGGUGAUGAUAAGACAAUCAAGGUGUGGAAAUCGCAGCCGCCCGAGGUUGGCCAGGAGGAAGAGCCGGUGAACACCAUAUUGAGUCGAUACAUUCUCACUGGCAUUUCGCACAAUCGCAAGGAUAAUACGUUCGCCACCAGCGGCGAAGUCUGUGCCAUUUGGGAUGAGCAGCACAACGACCCGCUAAAGACAUUGAAAUGGGGUGUGGACACGCUGCAUUGCGUCGCCUUCAAUCCGGUGGAGACCAGUGUUCUGGCCUGCUGUGGCAGCGAUCGCAGCAUUAUUCUCUAUGAUCAGCGUGAAGCGCAACCACUCCGGAAAGUGGUGCUUACCAUGAAGAGCAACAAGCUCGCGUGGAAUCCUAUGGCGGCCUUCAACUUUACGGUGGCUAACGAGGAUUGCAAUCUCUACACCUUCGAUACACGUAAGCUACGGGAUCCGAUCAAGGUCCACUUCGAUCAUGUGGCUGCGGUCACCGACGUAGACUACUCGCCCACGGGCAAGGAGUUCGUGACGGCCAGCUACGAUAAGACUGUUCGCAUUUACAAUACCCAUUUGAGUCAUUCUCGUGAUAUUUAUCACACGAAACGAAUGCAGCAUGUGGUCUGCAUUGCCUGGUCACUGGAUAGUCGCUACAUCUUCUCCGGCUCCGACGAAAUGAACGUGCGCAUGUGGAAGGCCAAUGCGUCCGAGAAAUUAGGCGCGGUGCGACCACGCGAACGGGCCAACUUUAACUACCAGGAUGCGCUGAAGGAGAAAUAUGCAGCACAUCCGCAAAUUAAACGCAUUGCCCGUCAUCGACAGGUGCCGCGUCAAGUGCUCAAUGCCCAGCGCAAGAUGCGCGUGGUCAAGGAAAAGGAACAGAUCAAGGAGGCGAAUGUGCGCAAGCACUCCAAGCCCGGAAAAGUGCCGUUCGUGCCCGAAAAGAAGAAGCACGUGCUGCGCCAAGAAGUUUAAAUACUGUUCACUAUCUUAUAUUUUUUCAGGCCCUUUUAAUCGUUAAGAUAAUUAGAUUAAUAAUUAUUGUAUGUAAUAUUGAAUAAAAGUAACGAAAUACGUUCAAAUGCUUCUCUCGAUAA